UCUCUCUCUCUCUCCGAGGGUCUGCACUGUGAGCAGGUGCCAGAACUGGUGGCCACCAAAAGGAUGAGGGAGCUGCUCACCGAGGGUCUGCACUGUGAGCAGGUGCCAGAACUGGUGGCCACCAAAAGGAUGAGGGAGCUGCUCACCGAGGGUCUGCACUGUGAGCAGGUGCCAGAACUGGUGGCCACCAAAAGGAUGAGGGAGCUGCUCACCGAGGGUCUGCACUGUGAGCAGGUGCCAGAACUGGUGGCCACCAAAAGGAUGAGGGAGCUGCUCACCGAGGGUCUGCACUGUGAGCAGGUGCCAGAACUGGUGGCCACCAAAAGGAUGAGGGAGCUGCUCACCGAGGGUCUGCACUGUGAGCAGGUGCCAGAACUGGUGGCCACCAAAAGGAUGAGGGAGCUGCUCACCGAGGGUCUGCACUGUGAGCAGGUGCCAGAACUGGUGGCCACCAAAAGGAUGAGGGAGCUGCUCACCGAGGGUCUGCACUGUGAGCAGGUGCCAGAACUGGUGGCCACCAAAAGGAUGAGGGAGCUGCUCACCGAGGGUCUGCACUGUGAGCAGGUGCCAGAACUGGUGGCCACCAAAAGGAUGAGGGAGCUGCUCACCGAGGGUCUGCACUGUGAGCAGGUGCCAGAACUGGUGGCCACCAAAAGGAUGAGAGAGCUGCUCACCGAGGGUCUGCACUGUGAACAGGUGCCAGAACUGGUGGCCACCAAAAGGAUGAGGGCGCUGCUCACCGAGGGUCUGCACUGUGAACAGGUGCCAGAACUGGUGGCCACCAAAAGGAUGAGAGAGCUGCUCACCGAGAGUCUGCACUGUGAGCAGGUGCCAGAACUGGUGGCCACCAAAAGGAUGAGAGCGAGAGCCCAGGGACCAGGAGUCGUGAAGGUCACAUUCCGGGGGGUCAAAGAUAAAGUGGAUGUUCUCUGGCUGAAGCAACAUCUGAAGAGCAGCCAAAAAUGUUCAUCAGAUCAGCCAACAUUUUGGGGAAUAGGAGGAUGA